AUGUCCAACAGAAUUAAAAAAGCAAAGAGUCCUUAAAUUAAUAACUAAUCAAACAUAGAUAAAGAUUUAAUGAAAUAUCACAUUUUAUAAAAGAUCAACAAACCUUAAGGUCCUGUGCAAUAAAUCAUUAAAACCUAGCCUGAUGAAGAUUCGGAACCUGAGGAUUUUAAAUAAGAAAUUGAAUUUAAGUACUAACAAAAUCAUUUGGUAGAUAUAACAAUUGCUAAAUUAAUCAUACAUUUUUAUUCCCUAAAGAAGAUUAUGAAUCAUCAUCUGAUAAUUCUCUUUAAUCUCUAAAAGAUACUACAAUUUAUAAUCUUAAUUGUAAUAACAUAGAGCGUUUGACAGAUGCCACAUCUCCACUUUUUAUUAAGGCUUUAAAUGAAAAACUAUUGAAAUUAGUUGAAUCAUUAGAAGAAAAUAAAUAUAAAAAUACCAAUCAAAAAUUUAAUGAUCCAUCUCCAAAAUAAAAAAAGUUUUUAUUCUCCUCUAUAAUUUAGUUAAUAAAAUAAACAUAUUUAAAAUCUAACUAGUACUUCUAUUGGAAGAUUAGUUGAUAAUUAUAUUAUUAAUUUGAAUACUAUGAGUUAAAAUGCAAAUCAAAAUCGAGAUAGUGUAACUCAUAAAAAUUAAAAAAAUUUAUAUUUUAAGGCUACUCCCUCUAUUUCAUCUGAAAAAAAGAAGUAAACUCAAUAGAUCAUGCAAAUCUUAAAAAUUGCUUAAUAACGUAAAAUUAAUGAAAAUAAUAAUAAGUAUAUAAAAUUAAAAAAAUUUUAGUACUGCUUUUAAUAAAAGAACCACAUAAAUCAAUAAUUAUUCCUUUAAUAAUACAUAGAAUAUAUUUUUUAAUGGAAAAAGAAAUGGUGAAAAUAUCAGAAUUCCAACUGAUUCAAAUGAAUUUGAAGGAACACUAUAAAAAUUUUAAAUAAUUCCUAAAUCAAGGUAAUCAAUUAUAAUUAUAUUCAAGAUCUAAAGUUAGAGAUCAUAUAACAAAAUUUAAGAAAAUUGAGAGUUCGUAAGACUGCAAGAUUCUUAAUUAUACUAUGGAUAAUCAUAUAUUUGAAUAAUUAGGUGUAGCCAGAAAUGCCAAGAGUCAAAAUAGAAGUUAUAAAGUUUGA